CCAAAGUACAAUGUCCUAAAUAUUUAACCACGUUGAACAAAUAGGCAAUACAUAAACUAGAGCUGUAUAAAAAUCUAACUACAAGAGCGGUAUGAAGGAUCGGAAAUUAAGGUUGUAAAUCACCAGCUAGCACGCCUGUGAGAUUUCGGACGACUGAAACUUGGAACUUAGAAGAAUCACAAUGUUAUCCACAAAGCUUGCCUUGGCACUUGUUGUUCUUCUCCCUGUUCUGAUUGGACUGUUUGUUGCACAUCAUGAGGCAACUCAGGGAGAUGUCCCCGAAAUGAAAGAUGAGUGGUGGGGUAAGGGGCCACAUCCAAAACCAGAUGACAAGGCGAUCCUACCUUUCCAAGUUCAAGUACCUGAAAGUGUUAUCAAGGAUUUAGGGAGACGACUGAAUUCAACAAGAUACUUCACAGAGUUAGAAGAUGUCCAGUUCCAAUUUGGAUUUCGAAUGAGUUAUAUGCGCAAAGUUGUGCAAUAUUGGUCGACAGAGUACCUCCCAAAGUGGGCAAUGUAUGAAGCUAGACUGAACAAGUAUCCACAUUUCAAGACGCAGAUAGGUGGAAUUAUGGUUCAUUUUCUUCAUAUCAAGCCAAAAUUGAAACCAGGCCAAACAUCGAAACCUUUAUUGCUACUGCAUGGCUGGCCGGGAAGUGUCUACGAGUUCUAUAACAUGAUAUCCAUACUGACGGACAGCACCCAGGGUGAUGUAUUUGAAAUAGUUGCGCCAUCUAUACCUGGAUACGGGUGGUCGGAGGCUUCACAUAGGAAAGGAUUGGAUCAAAUUGCUGCUAGUCGUCUGUUUGUUCGAUUGAUGGACCGACUUGGUAUUGACCAGUUUUAUGUGCAAGGAGGGGACUGGGGAUCUUUAAUAGCAAGAGUGAUAUCUGAAAUGCAACCGCAAAAAAUUCUGGGAUUACAUGUGAACUUGUUUAACGUUUCCCCAUUGCGGACUCCAAAGGCAUUCUUCAAACAAAUUAUAGCGUCGUAUGCUCCAUCUUUGAUCAUGGAUGAGAAGGAUUUGUGGAAGGUUUCCAAUGGUUACUUUGGCACCCUAUUGUAUGUAAUAUCAGAGACUGGAUAUAUGCACAUCCAGGCAACAAAACCCGACACUGCAGGCUUUGGGCUAACAGAUUCCCCGGUCGGCCUAGCAGCAUACAUCUUAGAGAAAUUCUCUACCUGGAGUAAUAAGGAGAACAGAAAUGCCGCAGAUGGGAAUCUUGAGAAACAUUUCAAGAUCGACGACCUACUAACAAAUGUCAUGAUCUACUGGACAACAAAUACAAUAACAUCAUCGAUGAGAUUCUAUAAAGAAUUAUUUCAGGGAGAUUGUUUUAGUUUAACACAAAGAAUGCUCUCCACAGUGCCAACUGCGCUGGCCUGCUUUCCUCACGAGAUAGCCCCGUGUCCACCGAAGGUUUUGGCCAAGGAUAUGUACAUUAACAUUGUUCAAUACACCGAUUUACCCAAAGGAGGACACUUUGGUGCAUUUGAACAACCAGAAAUACUUGCUCAAGACAUUAGGAAUUUUGUAAAGAAAAUACAAGAUAGGCAAAAUAGCAAAUAAACAAUUUGCUCUUACUCGAGUGACAAUGUGGAGUUUUGGAAGCUGAUUUAAGCAUAAAUGGGACAAAAUGUAGAAAGGGAAAAUAUAAUUAAUUUUUGAAUUGUUUUUUUUGGUGCUGCUUACCAAAAUGAAUGCUUAGAUCGUUCAAGAUAUCGGAAAUAGUAGACGGCAGGACAAUAGUUGAAUAAUGGAAAAUAAGUGGAGGAUGAUGUUGACCCGGGGGUGUUGAAACCUGCGAAACGGACUUUACUGCACUUGAAUCAUGCGAAAAUAACUGCCGCUUCGAACUUAACUGCUCCUUGUUGGGGAAAACUAAUAAUGAAAAUAGUUUUAAUAGCAUAUCGUAUGAGGCCUUGGAGAGAGUGGGCUCUAGAUAGAGGAUCAUCGUCCCCUAACUAUAAGGUCGCCGCUAUGAUACCUUGUUGUCCACAUCACCAUUUGGUACAUAUAGUGGCCUCAAUUACAAUUAGGAAUAAAUGGGGGCACUGAGCACCCCAGGUGACUCAGCACAAAUAAAAUGCAAAAUCUCUUACAUUUGACUUGAUGUUAUUGGUGUCAAUUAUGAAUAAAAUAUAGAGAAAGCA